AACAUUAUUGUAUUAGCUAUUAUUCCCAUUGGAACACACAACCACGAUGAAUGUUAACGUAGAACAUGACUUUCACAUGGUUGGAGGGGAAGGAGAAAUUAGCUACGCCAAGAAUUCCAGGGUUCAAGCGAAAGCUAUGAUUGAGGCUAAGUUUGUCCUUGAUAAGGCAAUCCGAGAACUGUACGCAACCCUUCUAGCUAAUAUCAUGGUUGUUGCCGACCUUGGUUGCUCUUCAGGACAGAAUACAUUACAUUUUGUCUCUGAGGUGAUAAACAUCUUUACGAAGCACCAAAACAAUUUGGGACAAAGUGAUACGGUGGAUCUUCAGUUCUUCUUAAAUGACCUACCGGGUAAUGACUUCAACCACCUCUUUCGGAUAUUGAACACAUUCACAUUCAAGGGGGCAUCAAAUCACAAAGGAGAUAUACUACCUGCAUACCAUAUCUAUGGGGCACCAGGAUCUUAUUACACCAGGCUUUUUCCUCCUCAAGCUGUUCACCUAUUUCACUCCUCGUUGUCCCUUCAUUGGCGCUCACAGGUGCCGGAGCAACUUAAUGGGAAGCAAAAAUCAUAUCUAAAUGAAGAAAACAUCUACAUCACCAAGACUACCCCACUACACGUGGUGAAGCUAUUCCAAGAGCAGUUCAUCAAGGACGUCUCUCUCUUCCUCAAGUUACGCCACGAGGAACUAGUGGAUGGGGGGCGGAUGGUACUAACAAUUUAUGGAAGAAAGAGUGAGGACCCAUAUAGUGGAGAUGUAAAUGAUAUUUUUGGUUUGCUUGGAAAAUCACUACAAUCUCUUGUUGCUGAGGGUCUCGUGGAGAAGGAAAAGCUUGACUCCUUCAAUCUACCUGUAUAUGGUCCGUCGGUUGGUGAGUUGGAGGAAAUUGUGAAUCGCGUCAAUUUGUUUGACAUGGACCAUAUGCAUCUGUUUGAGUGCAACUGGGAUCCCUAUGAUGACUCACAAGGUGACAUUGUGCACGACAGUGCCUUGAGUGGAAUCAAUGUCGCAAACUGUGUUAGAGCCGUAACCGAGCCCCUAAUUGCAAGCCAUUUUGGAGAGGGCAUAUUAAGUGCACUGUUCACAGACUAUGCUCACCGUGUUGCCAGCCACCUUGAGAAGGAGAAGACAAAGUUUGCUUGGAUCGUCAUAUCCUUAAAGAAAAGAUGCUAGAGAUACUUGCAGUGUGUUUAUGUGUGUGUGUGUAUAUAUAUAUAUACACUAUAAUUAUUUAUGUACUAUAUAAUUAUUGAACCUAAUUCCCCCCUAAAAAAAACACUAGGUGGGUUGCAGCAUCAAUGCAUGUACGCUUGUGUUGUUUGUUUCUUCCUCGGACAUGCGCGGUAUGUGCAUUUGUGUCUGUGUGUGUAUGGCGCGGACAAGUCGGAUCGAGAGCAGCUGAAAUUGAAGUACGAAGUAGUGCUUGUUUCUCCUUGUAUCACUCUACCACUAUGCUUAUAAAUUUAUAAGAGAAUGAGAAAACAGAAAAGUUGCAGACGUUUUGCAGC